AGAGAGAGGAGGAGGAGGAGCAGAGAGGGGAGAGUGAGGAUGGCAUCGGAGAAGGUGGAGACGAUCGUGGCGGGGAACUACGUGGAGAUGGAGAGAGAAGGGGGCGACGGCGAGCAUCAGGCAGGGGCCGGGGUAGACGGCGGAGAGGGCGGCGGCGCGGCGCCGUCGGGGAGGAGCAAGCUGGUGUCGAGCCUCUUCUGGCACGGCGGCUCGGCCUACGACGCGUGGUUCAGCUGCUCCUCCAACCAGGUGGCGCAGGUGCUGCUGACGCUGCCCUACUCCUUCUCCCAGCUCGGGAUGGCGAGCGGCAUCGCGCUGCAGCUCUUCUACGGGCUCAUGGGGAGCUGGACGGCGUACCUCAUCAGCGUGCUGUACGUGGAGUACCGGACGCGCAAGGAGCGGGACAAGGCGGACUUCCGGGGCCACGUCAUCCAGUGGUUCGAGGUCCUGGACGGCCUCCUCGGCGCGCACUGGCGCAACGCCGGCCUCUUCUUCAACUGCACCUUCCUCCUCUUCGGCUCCGUCAUCCAGCUCAUCGCCUGCGCCAGCAACAUCUACUACAUCAACGACUCCAUGGACAAGCGGACGUGGACCUACAUCUUCGGCGCCUGCUGCGCCACCACCGUCUUCAUCCCCUCCUUCCACAACUACCGGAUGUGGUCCUUCCUCGGCCUCCUCAUGACCACCUACACCGCCUGGUACCUCACCGCCGCCGCCCUCGUCCACGGCAGGCUGGAGGGGGUCACCCACUCCGCGCCGACCAAGAUGGUGCUCUACUUCACCGGCGCCACCAACAUCCUCUACACCUUCGGAGGCCACGCUGUCACUGUUGAGAUCAUGCACGCCAUGUGGAAGCCGCAGAAGUUCAAGCUCAUCUACCUCAUGGCCACGCUCUACGUGCUGACGCUGACGCUGCCGUCCGCGUCCGCCAUGUACUGGGCCUUCGGCGACGCCCUGCUCGACCACUCCAACGCCUUCUCCCUCCUCCCGCGCACGCCCUUCCGCGACGCCGCCGUCGUCCUCAUGCUCAUCCACCAGUUCAUCACCUUCGGCUUCGCCUGCACGCCGCUCUACUUCGUCUGGGAGAAGGCCAUCGGCGUGCACGGCGACCGCACCGGCGUCUUCCGCAGGGCGGCGGCGCGGCUCCCCGUCGUGGCGCCCAUCUGGUUCCUGGCCGUCGUCUUCCCCUUCUUCGGCCCCAUCAACUCCACCGUGGGGUCCCUCCUCGUCAGCUUCACCGUGUACAUCAUCCCCGCCGCGGCGCACAUGGCCGUCUUCGCGGCGCCGGCGGCCAGGGAGGGCGCCGUGGAGCGGCCGCCGCGGGGACUCGGGGGGUGGGCCGGGAUGUACGCCGCCAACUGCUUCGUGGUGGCGUGGGUGCUCGUCGUCGGCUUCGGGUUCGGCGGCUGGGCCAGCACCGUCAACUUUGUGCGCCAGGUCAACACCUUCGGACUCUUCACCAAGUGCUACCAGUGCCCUCCAAGGCACUAAUUACCUAGCUUUUUAAUCUUUAAUCUUGAUUAAUCACCUACCCAUAUAAGUAGCAAACUGAAUUUAAAAGAUUAUUCAACAUGCCUAGUUAGUUUCUUCUUGAGAGAAGAAACUUUAGUUAAUCUCUCACAAAGAAAAAUCAAAUCGGAGCUUGUUUUUGAA